AGCUAAUUCGUGUCAUUGACUAAGCAUCAGAAAUUUGGCUUCAGAUUUUUAAAUAAUUUUCAUCAAAUUAGAAAAAUUAUGGGGAAAAAGACAGGAGUUUUCACAGAAGGUGAAUUAGUGUAUGCAAAAGUUAAAGGAUAUUCACCAUGGCCAGCAAAAAUCACAAAAGUAAUAUCGAAACAUAAAUAUGGAGUGUAUUUUUAUGGAACAGGCGAGACAGGAAACUGUAAGAGUGAGGAACUAGAUCCAUAUGACGAUAAGAAUCGAGGAAGAUUUAAUACAGAUCGACAAAUGAAAAAACCUGACUAUAAAGAGGCAGUAGAUCAAAUAGAGUUAGCGGCAAAAGGAAAUGAUCCAGCACCGAUAAUUCCAGCAGAUGAUUCAAAUAAACAAACUAUAAGCAACGAGGAAGAAACGAUUGAAAGGAUGGAAGAUGUAUCACAAACUGACGAUUUCGAUCCAGAAGAAUCUCAAUUACAAAUAGCUGAGGAAGUUCCAAAAUCUACACCUGUUCCUAAAAAGAUAAAGCCGGUUAAUAAGCCAAAAGCCGUAUCCACACCUAUCAUACAAAAUUUAGAAUCCGAGACAAAAGAGAAUGAAGAAAAAGUCAGUAGAAGUGGACGUAAGAUUAAGGAAAAGAAAAUGAACAACGAUGAGAUGGAUCCAGAUGAAGUAUUCUCACAACCGCGCAAGCGCUUAAAAGUUGAAGAAGUUCGCACUAAUCAAAAUAAACCUGUUCAUGUACAGGAUUUGGAUGAUACAGCCAUAAAUGACUUUUGUAUUAGUAAAAUGCAUAUCCUUCAAGAUCCAGUAAGAAAACAAUUCCUAAUGACACAAUAUGAUAUGAUAAAGACAGUUCAAGAUGUUAAGCAGGCAUUAGGCCUUGAUGAUGUGGAUAUGGAUCGAGCAUUAGAUUCGUGUAAAGCACUCAAUGAUAAGGUUGUUCCAAACAUUACAAAAUUUAUGCUCCAAAAAUAUUCAAAUACUGUUGUCACAAUCAAAAGAUUGAGAAACUAUAUCGGUAAUGUUGAGUCAUGGAAUUUAGAGGAGAAACAGCUUAUCGAGUUCCAAGAGAAGGCAAAAGAAAUUCGCGAUAUUGCAAGCGAAAUUUAUUCAUCGUUAAAGAAACUGUUCCCGGAAGCACCUGAAGAUUCAUCUUUUUGGCAAUUUUACACCGAUCAGCAUAAGCAGUUUCAAGAAAAGUACAAUAAACUCGAUGUAACUGAAGUGUUUGAAGCUUUCAACGAGGAAGAACUAGACUUAUUUUUAAAUAAAUCGACAAAUAAUCACGAUGCAGAAGUUCCACAGCUUCCAGACACUGCUCAAAUGGACGAGCAGGAAGCAGAACACGAAGACAAUAUGUCACAAUAGUCUCGACACACAAGCUGUAAUAAUAUUAUUAAUUAAAUAUUGUUCAGAACUUUAAGAUUAUUCUCACCGAUGAGAUGAAUAGGAAGGAGAAAAUUGAAUGCACGAAACUUUGUUUAAAAAUUGACAUGUCUAUUUACUUUAACAUCUCCUCAUUUUUCUUAA